UUGACAGCACGAAGCGCACUUUUUGUAUAUUUUUUUAAGCAACCUUUCGAGUUCUUGUCUGUAUAGCUUUUUUUGUAUCUUUAAUCUGGACCAACUUAUAAUGUUUGCGUGUUUUACAGUUCUACUCGGUACUUUUCAGUAAUAAAGGUUCGGAGCUAAUCAUGGAAAAUGCCCAAGAAAGGGAUUUUCACAGAAGUUUGGAGCCUGACGUGAUCAUUAAUCAUGUGUCCAGUGAAGAUGAAGAUGAAAAGUGCGUUAAAAGAAAACAGUCCUGCACAUCUUCCCUCAACGGUAUUCAUUCAAAAAUGGUGCCACCAGACAUAUCUAUAAUUCCUUUAAGUAAAAAACCUCAAAUCAAAAUAAGACUCUUCGAUAAAGAAUAUUCGCCUUCAAAGGACGACAUCAAAGUACAAAGUUUUUCUCGAUCUCCUCGACAAACGGUAAGACUGGUCUCAAAAGACGAAGCGGAACGUGCUGGUGAUACUUACGCCCGACGUAAAUCCCUUCCUCUCGAAAAAUGUCCUAUUUGUAAAAAAUAUUUUCGUCGAAUGAAAACUCAUUUGCUAAAACACGAGCAAAUCAGCAAAAAUCCUGAUGAUCCCUUGACAUGUACGUUUUGCAUGAAAGGGUUCAAUACUCAAAGUAAUUUGCUCAUUCACAUGAGAACCCAUACAGGGGAUAAACCAUAUAUUUGUGAAAUUUGUCAUAAAGGUUUUGCACAGUCCUGCAACCUCGUCAAUCAUUUGAGAAUUCAUACAGGAGAAAGGCCCUUUAAAUGUCCUCACUGCGAUAGGGCCUUUACUCAGUCGGGUAACCUAAAUAACCAUAUAAGACUUCAUACGGACGAAAAACCUUUUAAGUGUCAUUUUUGCGAUAAAGCGUUUGUGCAGUCUGGGAAUCUUAACUCACAUAUUAGAAAUAAUCAUAAAUUUUCUGAGGACGUGGGAAAUGAGAGCAGUGAUAGAGUGGAUGGUUUAAAAUGCUAGUUUUUUGCAAUGAUUGAUCAUGACUUGAUUAAACAACUGUGCAAUAAAAUUAAUACCUUUCAAUUUUCGAAUUUAAUGGGUAUAAAAUAUAGACACUUUUAUCCCUUCUUAUACAAUAAUGAAAGGAUUAAAGUGCAUCAUUUAAUCCCGAAGGCGAAAGUUUAAGUCUUGAACCGAAGGCGAGGAAAAUAAUCGCCUGAGGGAUUAAAUAAUACUGCAGUCUUGUGGUAUAAACGCUAUUUUCUGUACUCCCAGUUAAUUUAAACCUGAAAUUGUAAAAAUAAAUUCGAAUGUCACUUUGACAGCAGCAAUUAAAUUCGUAAACUUUUGAAGUUUUGCUAUUUCGUUGUCAUGGAAACAUCCUAUUUUUAUUUCAGUCCAUUGGGAUUAAAUGAGCCAUUUCAGUCCCCAAAUUAGAGAAUGUGAAACAGCAACUUCACUCCCAGGAGUGCAAAAAUUUAUUACAACUGUGCAUUUUAACACAAAAUUUGGUUCAGUUUUUUCAGUAAUGAUUCUACCUAAAUGCAUACGAUGCCAUUGCUUAAAAUUUAAUGUCAGAAAAUUGAGGGUAAACUCCAUAAAAUAUAAUUAAUUUAUUUGUGUAACGUUUUUACAAUACACCGUUACAUGAUAAAAUAUUAAAUUUAUUUCGUAGAUAGUUCAAGAUUUGUAAAGCUGAACUGCAUUCGAUGAAAAACAAUGUUAAAAAAGGAUCUCUUUUCUACUUCAAUACUCAUUGCCGAAAAGGGACAUUUUCGAGGCGGUUAGUAUUAACUAAGAGAACAUUCACGUUGAUUGACGGAGCCUGUGAAAUAAUUUUAUAACGACCUCUUUAUUUAGUGGUCAAUGGACAUAUGAUUUUACUGAAGGAACAAACCGAAAAGCUCUAUAUUUUUUCCCAUUAGUGCCUGUUCAAAUAGAGACUACAGGUCUAAUUGUUUUAACAGAUAGUAAUAACUAUUCUGUAGCACACCUGUUAAAAUUAGAAUUAAACGUUAAGCCGGGUUUUGUAAAUUUACAAUUUUGCUAAAUUUACAGACUAAAUAAACAGAUUGGUGACAGAGUUUGUUAUAGUAACAGUUUUUCCAAUAAUAGUAUGGGUUAGAAGCCUAAGAGUACAUUGAUGUUUUCUUUCCAAAUGAUACCUGGAAAAAUAUAAACAUGAAAUAUUACAAAUGAUACAUCAAAUUCAUGUUUGCUUGUCUUUGUUAAAAAUAAAAUUGUAUAAGUUUGAAUAUGUUGAAAAAUUUUCCUUGGCGUAAGUUUUGACAUUAUUUACGUUAUUAUUCAACUGGAGUACAGCACGCUGAUAGUUCGAAUUAUAAUAAUUUUCUAGAAGUUUUUUUUUGAAUCAUUUAGUAUUAGGUGAAAUACAGGUUUAGCACUAUGUUUUACUAGUAAUUUUUGUGUGUUCAAAUCGUAAAUGUGAAUACAAAUCAAGUUAGCGAAGAUAAAUAAAGAGAAUGAAAGUAAAAUGAAAGUUAAUGAAUGGAAUGUCACUUUUGAAAUUCGACAGUUUUGAUUAAAAUUUUUGAUCUACAAAAAAUCAUAGCUUUUUAAAUGUUUCCAUAAAAGUGAAGAAAGGAGUUUGGCGUUUGGUGUAUCUUUUUAGUAAAUAAAUAAAUAAUAAAUAACAAAUAUUACAAGCGAAAAACGAUUGGUUGUGGCCAAAAUGAAAGAAUUGUUCAAACACUCUGUAGACAGGUUCUACUUUUAAGUGCUAUUUUUUUCUCAGAAAUAUAAACCUUAAUUUUGUACUUACUUAAGUAGACAGAACGAUAUUUAAUCAAGUCAAUAUCACACUGAAAGUCAUUACUCUCAUUUCAAUUCGUAUUUUUGUAAGUUUACUCUUAUAAUCGUUUUUAUAUUAUAUAUACUUAUACAAAUUUACAAAGAAUAUUUAUCUAUUUUAUAAGACUUUGCUUUACAACAAAGUCUGUGAAUGAUCGGAUUGUUUUAGUAAUUUUAAAAGAGUAACUAAAGAGACUGUCAUAUUUGCAUAGUUUGUUGCUUCACCUAUUGGUACUAAAAGAGGAGACUUACAUCUGCAAGAAACUUCAUUACUAGUUAUUUUAAUCAUUUAUGCGAAUUUAGUACCUUGCAGGUAUAUUUGAUUUUUAAAAACUAGCCACAAACUAUGCAAGAUUUUUACUUGUGCAAUAAUUUCCGACAUUAUUGAAACUCGCCAAAUUAUUGAUCUCCAAAAAGUGUAUUUAUUUUUCACGACUCAUUUACCUUGACAUCUCAUGAAAACAUCAAUUUCCAUUUUUAAAUAAGUUUACAAUGUAAUGAUUUCUUCUAAAUCGAAGUGUUCUAGAAAUAUGUUCCUUAUACAGCUAUCAUUACUAAUACAAAUUUGUAUUGUAUUUUGCAUGUCACUAUGUAGUUUUAUAUUCGAAAUAAAUACGCAACAAUCUUA